GCGGCACUACGACGUUCCUACGCCGUAGAUUACCGCAGCGAUCGCUCCUACCCGCAUCGGACAAUAGAACCGGCGACAGAUCGCGGCGUUUUGUUAUUAUUUUUUUGUUAGAUGUGAAUAAAAGACUCUUUGUGAUAUCCUUUUCCACUCGUAAAGCGGAGACAGUAUGCUGGAAGGACGUUCCUUUGUCCUCUACAUAAACUGUCACUGAGGCGCUAUGAAAAUUUUGAACAUUAAUUUGUCAGUAUUAUGGCUCACAAAUUGGGACAGCUUAGUCGUGUUGCGGUUAACUGAGCGGAUUGUAAGGGAUCGGUUAGGCGUUGUGUAUAAAUAAGCAAGCGCGCCGAAACCAUUUUAGGUGUACUAUUGUAAUCUCAUGUGAACGCAUUUAUGUGUUGUGUAGCGUAAUUAAAACAAGACAAUUGAACUGUAAGUGUUAACAUGGAGUUGAUAAUAAGCGCUCAAAUAUAACAGGAACUGAAAACCGAAGAAUCGAAUCAACAACAUGUUGUGACAAGAGCCCGGUUUAGGCAAGAGCAGGGCUCUAAAAAUGUACGUCUUAAAAGACUUUCAAGACGUUUCGAACAACAGAACUUUUCUGUUCCUAAUAGUGUUGCUAUCGUUAAAGCUGUGUUGUCCCCAAGACUUGAGCGAAGAUUUCGUGAACGAGGAUAGUGCAGACGUCGUGUCAGACUUAAGUAUGGUAGUUGAAACGGUAAAACUGUCAAGGAGCGUUGUGGGAUCGCCCUGUAGAAUGAGCGAGUUGCUAUGCGACACUGGGCAAUGUAUAUCUUUGGAUAAGUACUGCAACGGAGAAGACGAUUGUGGAGACAAGAGCGACGAACCCAAGAGCUGUACACCGUGUAACAGAACAUACAUGGGUGAUGUGGGUCGAACUUACGAGUUGGAAGUACGACGGCCUCGGGAAGAUCAUCUGCCCUUCGUCUGCCACCUCAACUUCACAGCAACAGGAGGGAACUACGGAGAUAUAAUUCAGUUGACAUUUGACACGUUUACCGUCGGCAAAUUCGUGUCGUUCACGUCAGACGGUUGUCCGGAUGGGCACAUGACAAUUGUGGAGAGAAGUCCGUCACCGCCCACCGGUCAGUGGUGCGGCUCUGCUUGGGGUUACACAGUGUACUUCAGCGAAUCCGAUUCCAUAAACAUGACUCUCCGACUGGACAGGCUAAGUCAACAGGGUGUUGGCUACAAUUUCGACUUCAAGUUGGCUUACAAGUUUUUGAGGCGAAGCGAAGCUCGGCUGCGAUACGGAAAUGCGACUGUAGGGGCGUGGAGGGGAGAGAGGAUCCCUGGUACAUACUGUGACCGCAUCCUUAGCGACUGUGAUCUGAGGGCCUGCCGCAUACAGUCACCAAACUUUCCUGGAGUGUAUCCUCGCAACGCUACUUGUACAUACCGAAUCGAACAUACUAAGAUACCAGCCGAUAAACAUGUGCUGCUGGCAGUUCGACAGACGAACAGCCACAAAAUACAUAUCAAAGACCAAAUAGUGAAGUACGAUAGAAGUCAACGUGUUUUAAAAAUAUGGGAUCAAUGUAACGUAGUUCAGGAUUACUUAACAGUUUGGGAUGGAUCCACUAGAGAUUCGCCAGUAUUAGUGCGGCUUUGUGGAGGAGAUGCUGUACCGGAUAUUAUCAGUAGAGGUCCGAACAUGUUACUGGAGUUUCAUACGUCACCUUACGAUAAUCCAUUUCAUCCGGUACCGUUGAGCUAUUUACCUGGGUUUGAAUUGGAAGUUCAGGUUUUGUAUGUGGACAAAGAUUCUCAUUCGUACGUGCGCACAGACGGCAGGUGCCGUUUUGUUUUACGUUCUUCUGACAAAACUAGCGGAAUACUCAGGAAUCCAAGACACUCGCUACCUCCAAAUACAUCGUGCGUCUACUAUUUUCAGGGUCGUUCAAAUGAAAUAGUAUGGGUGUCGUUUGUGAAAUAUCAUUCGGCUGGAACUGAGCCGGCAGGUUUUGAUCAGCAGCAAGAUUGUUCGUCUCAAUUGACUAUUUGGGACGGGGCUGCCCCCGACGCCGACCUCGAUAGGAAGCUGGAUAUGACGGAUCAGAGAUCUCUACUUGGUUCGUUCUGUCGUGAGGAAUCUCCACGACUAUGCGAUCAUGCGCUUUUGUCAAAUUCUACAAGGGCGACGCGGCCUUGCGCUCCUUCGGAGAGCUACAUCACUACCGGACCUGCUUUGACAAUUCUUCAGGAACUACGUCAAGGGUCCGCAUUAUAUCCGGUAUCGUUUUUACUACGGUAUGAAUUCGUCGAUGUGAGUGAACAAGGACAGCCUUUGACAGAUUCUAAGUCCGCUUGCGAUAGAGUCUUUAAAUCAGCUCUAACAUAUUCUGGAAGGUUCCAGGCCCCACGAGCCAUAUUUUACUAUGGACGCGGCGGAGCACAAAACUUAACCUGUAUUUUAAGAUUUGAAGCAAAACAGGGCGAGAGGGUUCAGUUGACCUUUUUGAAUACCUUUUUUGGGAACAAACAUUGCGGUACACACAAAGAUUCCCGCACAAGUCGCUGGAAAUGCGAUAGGCCUCCGAGAAGAACUAUCGGGGGUGAAGGGUUUGCUCAGAUCAUUAUCACGGAGUUCCCUUGGGUGGGAGUUCCGAUUCAACGCGACUGUAUUUGCACAAAUCGAUCAGAGCCUAUAAAUAUACACACAUUAACUGCACCAGUAGUUGAAGUAAAUUUUACUGUAACAAUGAUGAAUAUUACAGAGGAUUAUGACGAUUUUGCCUUUGAGGGAGAAUAUAAAUUUAUUCCGACCGGUCCUGGUGAUGAUACUGUAUGUUCUACUGGUUGGGGUGAAAGACGCGUUAGAGGAAGCAGUGGAGAAAUUCGGCUCUAUGAUAAAAGACAAAUGACUAUAGUGCCAGAGAUUGUCGGUGACAGGAACGUUAUAUCAGAGAGCGUAAGAGCAGAAGUUGCUUGUGUUCAUAGACCAUGGUUAAUUGAACCUGGAGGUGAUGAUAUUUCCCCGGUUCAGGGUAGAUAUUUAUAUGUAAAGGUUCCAGGGUAUGAGAUAACGUCUUCAUCGCCGUUCUGCUCUACUCCAAACAGACUUUUUAUUUACGAAGCUCGUGAUACAACUCGAUCCAAAGAGAUAUGUCCUGAUAUAAACAACAACUUGGAAUUAUUUUCUCCUGACUGGAAAUCUUCUGAGACUCCAUUAGAAACAUCUCUAAAACCUCACGCACGAAGCUACGUUAUUGACUUUCUUCAGCACGAACAAGCAGAUUAUUCAAUAAAGUGGAUUGAGCUGAUGAAGAAACCUAACUUUGAUCAUGACCCUGACACAAAUGUCUUACCUGAAGCCGUUUCAUUUGAUUGUCUCCACAGCUGUCCCGAAUUAAAUGCGUGUAUUCCUAUUGCACUGUGGUGUGAUGGAAGCGCCCACUGUCCUUCAGGUUACGACGAAGACGAUUCCAACUGCUCGUUCAGAUUAUCAUUGCCUCCUCCGUACAUUGUGGCCGCUGGAGGCGUGGCUUUGCUGAUAUGUGCAGUUCUAAUAGCUUUCUGUGCUUGUAAAAAGCGAAAACGAAAGGACAAAGAAUUUAAAGCUAGGCUAGAUGGAGCAAUACCUACUGAAGAAAGGCCCUUUGACAGAGCUAAAGCUAAUGGAGUCCCCGAAGCGUCACGACAGUAUGCCACAGUCCAGAAAUAUGCGACAAUAGACAAAUAUUCUUUGAGCCAGAAAUAUAGUGCUGGCUUAAACGAUGCGAGGUAUUACGACGAAGUAGCACAAAGAGAUAAGCUGGCAGAUACAAGGUACGCUAGUCUGGGAAGGGGAAGCCGAAAUAUGCGCUACGAAAAUUCUAGAGGUAACGGUUCAAGAAGAGCAAUGCCUGAUUUAGGUUAUCCCGACUUGAAAGAUGGUUUUUGUUGACCCAGCCCAGAUCUAUUAGAAACCACUGUUUAAGAUUUGAGCUCUUCGAAACGACUGACAAACUGCGUAUCGGUUCAUUGUGUUGUCUAAGAUCGAAGACUGAAAUCGGCGUAAGUGCCUCUUAUUUUGGUGAAUUCUAAUUGAUUUUUAAUACGAAAUUAUGUAUUUUAAGCUAACUUGGCUUGUUUUGUAUUGUAUAAAAAUAUCUCUGUAGAUCGUUUGUACAUAAUGUAAAUUUUCUAUUUAAGUCUGUAGCAAAGUACACUGAAUGUGUUUAAUGAAAUUCAUCAAUGUCACAGUACGUAAUUUUAUUCUCAUCAAAAAACAUAUCUUAUUGUACAUAAAACGCUUGACAAUACAAUUUUAAGAUACAUUUUCAAGUAGGAAACAAAUAAUUUUUUACUAAUCAUAAUUUAAAAAAAGACAGUGACUCUCGAAAUCCAUGUUCUGAAUCAUUGAGUUAAUUGUUGAUAUGUACUGUUAUGUAUAAGUAUGUAUGUUUGAAUCAUGAAUUUCGGUUUGAUUCUUAAUUUUAUUAGUCCCGAUCUAAUAAGCAAAAUUUCGAAUACCUUUCACUGAUAUUAAGUAGUUACCGAGGCCUAUAUAUAUGUAUAUUAUAUUACAACUAAUAAAUUUGCACGUAACACUAUGAUCAGUUACAGUAGCGAGUUGCAAUUUUUUGUGAAAUACAUACAAUAGAUAAAUAUAUAAAUUACAAAUCUUAUAAGUAGAAAGGACACAAAAAGCUAACGGCCAACAUAACGUGUGUGUGUGUUCACCUUCAGACGUGAGAUUGAAGUUUUAAUUGUAUUGCAUAAUGGUUUCAAUGGUUCACAAUAUAAAGUAUGAUUGCUUCGCGGUAAGAAUAAACAGAAUGUUGGCAUCUACCCGUGCGGGUUCACAAUAUGCCCUAGCAUCUAUAAGUAUCAUGUCCGCAAUGAAUAUCUCAGUUGGCUUUACGACAUCCGCGAGAUGCCACUAAGUAUUAGCAGUGAGCUCAAGUUAGGUUAAGCAUGGUGAUUUAUUUGUGUAUUAAAUUUUUUAAUUUAGUUUUUGUUGACUAUUUUAAUUUAAAGUGACUGUUACCUUUAUAAUGUAAAAAUAAGAUAAUAUUUAUAGGAUGUUAAUGAAAUGUAGUUGUUGUCUCACUAAACAAAACUUAUUUCUUGAUUCCUCAACUUUUGCAUGCUCCGCGGACAGAUUUGUGUCUUUGAAAAUUGAAAUCAUUGCAAAACUGUAAACAAGUCAUAUAUAUUAAAAAACGAUAGUAUUUAUUGAAUUCUUGAAAAUUGCAUUCUCGAUUGAACGGAAAAAAUAAUUGUGAAACGCUCAACGCGUAAUGAUUAUAAUUUUGAAGCUCCAAAAAUGAUUGUACCUGCAUUUAAAUGACGAGAACUAGCUAUAAAACAAAAAUGUGAUAUAGUAUGUAAAAAUCGUAGAUUAUAUUAACAGUAUAAUAUAUGAAUUUACUAAGAUUCCUUGUAAAAACGUAUAAUAAGGUUGUAACUAACUUAAGUAGUGAAUGUAAAUAAAUUAUAGACUUAAGAUUUUUAAAGUCUGUAAUUAUUUCAACGUAAAAGGAAAUAUUAAAGUAAUUUCUAAAAAUC